AUGGAUAACAAACCCACCGCAAGCGAGUUUUCCAGUCUUGCGGUGACACCUAUUGCCUCCCUUUUUCCCGACAUCGGUUCCCCCGGAGAGCGGUACCUCCACGCGGUGGUGAUUCUUCUUUGGCCCUUUUCGUCUGCUACAAAGCAGUUUGUCCUACUCCUGUCAGAACCGGAUCCCCGUUUGCGUGGUGGUAAAGGUCAGAUAAAGGCAGUUUUUCGAUAUGGCGCUGCUGAAGCUGUUGCGAAGUCCAGUAUCGGAAUCGGAGAUACCGUUUAUCUAAGCCUACAGGGAGCUAAAUGGAAAAGCAGUGGCCAUGCAGACUCAGGGCAGUUGGAGUAUUCACAGUGGGAGUUAAUAUUCAGCAAUAGAGUCUUUCUUGAGGCGCAACGUAACUCUAUACCAUUAAGUAUAGUCAAUUUCAAGAUCGAUUCACAUGAGGUAACAACGGAAGGGUCUACGGAGCUACCGGUUACACCAAAAAGGCUAUCCGCUGGUUUUUCGAGCCCAAUAUCUACAAUAAAUCGCAGCUGGGCGUCACCUGCUUUCUCUAGAGGCUCUAACACGCUCUUUAGCUCACCAUUACUCGAUGGUCAAAUAGAGGAAGAUGGAUAUAUACCAGGAAAGGGAAGAAAAAGAACCAAGUUCAGCCGGCCCAGCAGCGAUUGGGUAUACGUGGACUCCGCACCCAGCCCUACGAAAGAAGGGGAUAUGUGGGACGAUGAGGAUCUAGAGGCAAAUGUUAGUAGCCCGGAUGAGGUCUUGGGUGAACGAGGUAUUGAAGCUCCGCAGCCUCCAUCUGAAACCUUGCCGCUUACCAAGGAGAACGUGGAAGUCUAUGAAAGUGAAGCCCAAAAAUUGGUGGCAGUUCAUGAUUCUGAACCCACUUUUAAUGGUGGCUCCCCAAUUCCACGAAUUUCAAAACCACAAGAUAUAACUCAAAUUAUACAACAUAGCAUUGCAUUGCAGCCGGCUGCGGAAUGCAAGCGUGCUGUACUGGAUAAGCAACCCUUAUUCCCCGAUAUUCCGGGUAUACAAAGUCCUCAACUUCACCCAGCUAUACCACCAGAUACUCCAACUAUUCCCGCCCCAGGCACGUCGGUGGAAACCUCAAGCCACAAUUCUAUAGUGUUUGUCGAUUCCACCGACAAGGAAUUUUCACUCAUUAAUGAAGGCCCGGCUAUUCAGGGAGUUGCGGAAGCAAGUUUACACAUUGGGAAUGAUGAAAAAGGCGCCUUUGAUCCAGGCGCAAAGGCAAAGUUGUCCGAUGAUACAUCCAAGAGAGAAUACCGUGUGCCUUCUGAUCGCGCUACCGAUCUACCGCCUGAAUUAGAUUCUUACUCUGGACACUCAAGUAAAUCUACCUCUGCUGGUACCGAUAGCUCCCCAGAGAAUAUGACUGAAAACGCAAUAUCUCAUCACGGAAAUUCGGAGCCUGUUAACAUUGAAAAUAUCGAGGUACUUUCUACCGAUAGUGAUUCUUCGUCUGUAAAUUCAGCAGAUGAAGAAAGAAACACGGUGCGACACUCUCAGGCUGGGCUUGAGGUAUAUAAAAGUGGCGGGAGUUCGACCAAGCGUUCUACCCCAGAUGCUGAAAAUCUGGAAAGAACGCUAUCACUAGAGUCUGACUCCCAGCCCUCUGUUUCGUCGGAUGUUGAUAUCUCAAGUGAUGACGGAAGCGAUAACGUUUCGCUGAUCCCUUCAGCAACGGAGCCCAAUAAGCCAGAGAUCUAUGUGAUAUCCGAUGAUGAAUCAGAAGCGUCUGAGUCCGAAGCCGAGAGUAUAACUGAAAGACAAAUGAGCAACAACAUCUGCUCCUCUAUUUCCAGUGAUAGGAAACCGUCCUCGCGUUCCCCAACAUUCUACAUUGAGAAAUCCACGUUGGACGAACCUGCGGGAGGUGCUACCCACAGAGAAAUAAUAGGAACCCAAACUUCUAGCUCUACGCCCAAUACCAACGCUGAGCAUCACUCAUCACUUCCACCUGGGUCGCAUGAUGACAGUGCAGCAGACAAUGAGAUGCACGCAUUUACUGAAGAUCAAGAUAUGUCUAUAUCGUUUCUGCCGACUGUUCCUGAUAUUCACCCUACAGCGGAAUCUGAUUUCUCGCAUCACGGCCUUCACCAUUACCUAUCUGAUGCGAUAUGCCACCCUGGGACUUCUCAUAUCCCUACAGACUUGGCGGUUCAUGCAGGCCAUCCGAGAGAACCCCACGGGGAAGAGCCAAUGUCACAUUUCCUUGAGCCACAGCCAACUGAUUUCCGAGCCCCCGGAAAUACCCAAGUCUCUUGGACCCCAUUAAACCCUGAGCCACGCAUUCACCCUUUCCCAGUCCAUUUGGAUCCUAGUUUACCUACGCCAGAAGAUUCGCAAUCGACAGAGCAUAUACAUCCUUCUAUUCCUGGUGUGGAUGAUCAAAUUGAUGCUUCGCAUCCUUCCCACUCUUACACUCUUCCGGAGCAUCCAAGCAUAUCCCGACCUGAUCCAGUGGAAGCUGAGGGAACAAAGGGCACGCAGGUCCAAACUCAUGUAACCGAAGCAAUAGACCAUCAGCGCGAUAAAGAGUCUGAGGUUACGCAUCAAGACCCCUCCAGUGACCACGUAACUAUUGAGCCUGCGAGUGAAUCAAAUACUGACCUAGAAACCUUCGGACUGCGCACCCAAUUUUCAUACUUUUGCCCACUAUCACGCCUAGUUGAGAACUUUAACCAACUAGUCGAUUGCAUCGCCAUUGUUGUUGAUAUUACCCCUAUCAACCGUGCAGCCAAAGGCGUUAAGGAGUACUACAUCAGCCUUAGGCUAACUGACAAGUCAUCUGGAGGGUCCACUACUACUGCGCAAAUAUUCCACAAGAAAAAAGACGCACUUCCAGUCCCCGCGGAAGGAGACACAAUUCUUCUACGGAAUUUCCGCGUUCAGAGUUUAAAUCAUAUGAUGGUACUCAACAACAUGGAGAAUAGUGCAUGGGCGUUUUUCCCUCAGGAGGGUGAGGUAGAUGCCCAAGUCGACGAUGCCCCAGUCGAGUUUGGUUCUGAAGAGCAAGAUUUUGCCGCACAUCUAGGCGAAUGGUAUAAACAGGAGGGUGCUGAGUUAGUUGUAAGAAAUGCCUCCAGAGCUAACCAGCGUGAAAGCAUUGGUAUCAGCAGCAGGUCGGCUAGUGAGGCUGGUAGUCAGCUAAGGAAUAUCGUCAGAAAGCGCCGGCGGGAAUCGCGAAUUACAUAUCAUGAACUACGGGACGGAAAGCGAUAUGCCGAUGUUGGAUCUCCUUCGGACAAUGAGACCAUCCAUGAGCUCCGAAAUGGGACUUUGUAUGCGCACCCUAGCUAA